ACCAAGCGCACGACGUGCACUAGCUAGCGACAUAGAACUGCGAUAGGAUCAGACGCAAGUCUGGAGUCAGUCCGCUAGCGCAAAUUAUUUUCCUUAUUUUGAAUUUAUUGGUCCUUAUUUUAACCUGGACAGAACGAUGAAUUUAGACCUGGAGAUCUAAUCACUGAACUAAACAUUUGGAUGAUUCGAAUCCAUUGACAUUUCUAUGCGGAUAGAAAUAGUGUCCAGGUCCUCCCCAAAUAUAGCUAUUCCUUAGUGAGGAACACAAGACGCGCAUACUCACAAGCACAAGUGGCUUGCUUGAACCAGCAUCGUGGCUACUCUUCCAGCAGUGGCAUGUUCGAGGGAUAAAGCGGACAAAAUUGAACUCCCACCUAAAGAGGGUUCAAUGAAAAUGUCUGUCUGCGUCCACGAGAACCGCAAGUCGCGUGCCAGCACCGGCUCCAUGAACAUCUACCUGUUCCACAAGUCAUCGUACGCCGACAGCGUCCUCAUGCACCUGAACACACUGCGGCAGCAGCGUCUCUUCACCGACGUCCUCCUCCAUGCUGGGAGUCGCUCCUUCCCCUGCCACCGUGCUGUGCUGGCUGCCUGCAGCCGCUACUUUGAGGCCAUGUUCUCUGGCGGGCUGAAGGAGAGCCAGGCCAGCGAGGUGGACUUCAGGGACUCCAUCCACCCGGAGGUCCUGGAGCUCUUAUUAGACUAUGCUUACACGUCCCGGGUUGUCAUCAACGAGGAGAAUGCAGAGUCCCUCCUUGAGGCCGGGGACAUGCUGGAGUUCCAAGACAUUCGGGACGCCUGCGCCGAGUUCCUGGAGAGGAACCUGCACCCGUCCAACUGCCUGGGCAUGCUGCUGCUUUCCGACGCCCACCAGUGUACGAAGCUGUCUGAGCUCUCCUGGGGCAUGUGCCUCAGCAACUUCCCCACCAUCUGCAAGACAGAGGAUUUCCUCCAGCUUCCCAAAGACAUGGUGGUGCAGCUCCUGUCCCACGAGGAGCUGGAGACAGAGGAUGAGAGGCUGGUCUACGAGGCUGCCCUCAACUGGGUCAACUACGACUUGGAGAGGAGGCACUGCAACCUGCCUGAGCUGCUGCAGACCGUCCGCCUGGCUCUUCUCCCUGCCAUCUUCCUCAUGGAGAAUGUGUCCACAGAGGAGCUGAUCAAUGACCAGUUGAAGAGCAAGGAGCUGGUGGAUGAGGCUAUCCACUGCAAGCUGAAGAUCCUUCAGAACGAUGGUGUGGUGAAAAGCCCCUGCGCCCGGCCCAGGAAGACCAGCCAUGCCCUGUUCCUGCUGGGAGGACAGACCUUUAUGUGUGACAAGCUGUACCUGGUGGACCAGAAGGCCAAGGAGAUCAUCCCCAAGGCAGACAUCCCCAGCCCCAGGAAGGAGUUCAGCGCCUGCGCCAUCGGCUGUAAUGUCUAUGUGACUGGCGGGAGAGGCUCAGAGAACGGUGUGUCCAAAGACGUGUGGGUCUACGACACCUUGCACGAGGAGUGGUCCAAGGCGGCGCCCAUGCUCAUCGCUCGCUUCGGCCACGGCUCGGCCGAGCUGAAACACUGCCUCUACGUAGUUGGAGGGCACACGGCUGGCACCGGCUGUCUCCCCGCCUCGCCCUCAGUGUCCCUGAAACAGGUGGAGCAGUUCGACCCAGCGGCCAAUAAAUGGACCAUGGUGGCGCCGCUGAGGGAGGGCGUGAGCAACGCAGCGGUGGUCAGCGUCAAGCUGAAACUCUUUGCCUUCGGAGGCACCAGCGUCACCCACGACAAACUACCCAAGGUGCAGUGCUAUGACCCGCAGGAGAACCGCUGGACGGUGCCCGCCUCCUGCCCACAGCCCUGGCGCUACACUGCCGCUGCUGUCCUUGGAAACCAGAUAUUUGUGAUGGGUGGGGACACGGAGUUCUCAGCGUGCUCGGCCUAUAAGUUCAGCAGCGACACGUACCAGUGGACUAAAGUGGGAGAUGUGACAGCCAAGAGAAUGAGCUGCCAGGCCGUGGCGUCAGGUAACAAACUGUACGUGGUGGGGGGCUACUUUGGCACGCAGCGGUGUAAGACUCUGGACUGUUAUGAUCCGACGCUGGAUGCGUGGAACAGCAUAACUACCGUACCCUACUCCCUUAUCCCAACAGCUUUCGUCAGCACCUGGAAACAUCUCCCUGCCUGAGCUGCAAGGGAUCCUGGGAUAGCCUGACACCUCCAUCCCAACCCCCCUCCCAUGAGAUUUCCCUGUUUUGCAUCAUCCACUGGAUUGGAACUUCCUGUCUGUGCAAAAAACAAACAAAAAAACAAACAGUCCAUAAAUAGACCUGAACCACGGUGUGAGUGUGAAAACACACCUUGAUCCAUCCUGAUGAUGCUGUGAGUACACAGACGUUUAAAGAACCAUCAAUGCUCCUGGGAGGACCUUGUACACAGAAGGAUGUCUCAAUGUCAAUGAUGUCAUAUCGUUUCUGAGAGGGAGGUUUGGAUAUUGUUCAUGCGAACAUGCUCAACAAACUGCUGCUUGCGCUGUAAAAUCACAACAACCCCUUAAUCCCAGUGUACUAUUGGCAAAUGACGCCGUUGCUUCGCAGCCUUUCAUAAAAUAACCAUCAACAUACCAGUCACACACUCACACAGCCUCUUCAUUUCUUCCCAUUCAAUUAGGAAAGACUUGUAUUGCUAUGUCGUUGCGCUUCUCACUCUGAUAAUUCUGGGAAAUGAAACGAAAAAAUAAAAUAAAAAAACACGCCCUCUGCACAGGGACUUUAAUAUAAUGGCAUGAAGAAUACCUGGCUGGACAUAGGACACAUAUGAAGAGAGAGAGUGGAGAGUCAGUGAUCAGCAUGUGUGUGACCAGACCAGAGAACGGGACAAAGACAAAACCCUUCAGCUUGUUUAUAACCAGCUGAUCCACAAACUGAUCCAGGAUAUGCACAAUGAAGGAACAACAACAUCCCCUCUCUCUCCUCUCCUCCACUUUUACUCUUCCGUUCUGUUAGUUGCCUCCGUUGUGUAUCUGAUACAUUAGACUCUUUGCGUUCCAUCUGGGAGAGAUUGUAUUGCUCUAUUGGCCACCAGUCCUUCUGCCCUAGUCAAAGAAGAGGAGAGAGAGAGAAAAAGAGAGAGAGAACCUCCUCCCUUCCUCUUCCCGUCCCCAUCACCUAGUGGGCGUUUGGGGUUUAAAACAUUGUAAUGGGCGUUGGGAGUUCCUGUUUGGCAGUUUUGUGUGAGACCUGGCUCUAGCUGUCACUACGUGUCCUGGGGACUUUAGGUGCCGGCACCAGCUGAGCCUGAGAGGGGGGUUGGCUGAGGGGGUGACAUGACUACUGAUGUGAAGAACCCCAAAGGAAGCCCAUUUUGGCUGUAGGCUACUACACUCUCCCCAUGCAAAAUAACACAAAUCCAAGAACAGUAAUGGACAAUGCAACACAGAACUGAAGAAAAUGCUCAUUCAAGCUCAGUAGUACUACACAAAAUACUGUUUAGUCUUGGACACUAUUUACUGAUUGUUCUGAUGUUAUUCCAAUGAGUAGUAUUGUUUUGUUGGAGUACUGAUGGAUUGAUCUUCCGCUUUGCCUAAAUGGUGAUACUGAAUUCUUCAAAACAUCUAUGGUCAUGAGGACUCGAUACGGUUGAAAUGAACUUCUCUGGUCAAGAGAAUCUUGUCAAUUUGCUUACCCAAACUGAAACUUAAAAUAUUCAUUUUCUGAUCUUGCUGCAAUGUAUUAUGUUUCAGAAGUCUUCAUUUAUAAAAAAAAAUGACUUUA